AUGGGGUUGCUUGAGCUGGCUACAGGUUUUAACAUAGCCGUGUUGCUGGUCUUUUUUCUCUUCCUGGUCACCUUAAGAGUGUUAUUUUCUUGCUGGAUUUCACCAACUCUUAAGUAUUGGAAAAUUCGGAGAAAUGGGUUUGGAGGUCCAACUCCAAGUUUUCCUUUUGGUAACAUUAAGGAUAUCGUUAAGAUGUCCAGUGAUUCUUCGUUGCAGUCUUCGAAUUCUCCACAUGAUAUACACUCGAAUGUUUUUCCCUACUUUGCACAAUGGCAAAAGAGUCAUGGAAAAACGUUCAUAUACUGGCUAGGCACAGAGCCAUUUUUAUAUAUAGCAGAGCCUGAGUUCCUAAAGAAAAUGUCUGGAUCAGUCAUGGCAAGGAGUUGGGGAAAGCCAACUGUGUUCAAAAAUGAUAGAGAUCCUAUGUUUGGCAAUGGUUUGGUCAUGGUUGAAGGAGAUGAGUGGGUUCGCCAGCGACAUGUCAUUACUCCUGCAUUCAAUCCAAUCAACCUGAAGGUUAUGGCAAGCUUAAUGGUGGAGUCAGCCACUAAUAUGCUAGAUAAUUGGACUACCUUCAUUGAUUUAGGAAAACCAGAGAUUGAUGCAGAGAGAGAAAUUAUAAAAACAGCUGGAGAGAUCAUUGCUAAGACAAGCUUUGGUGUAAGUUACAAAACUGGCCAGAAUGUGUUAGAAAAACUAAGAGCCCUGCAAGUGACUCUCUUCAAGUCUAACCGUUUUGUGGGGGUCCCUUUUAGCAAAUUCUUUUUCCCUAAGAAAACCCUAGAGGCCAAAAGACUUGGCAAGGAAAUCGACCAACUGUUUUUAUCAAUCAUAAAUGAUCGAAAAAAUUCGAUUAAAGGGAAAACUCCACAAGACUUGCUAAGCAUAUUGCUUCAAGGGAGUCCUGUUGAUAGUCGAUUAGGAAAGACAUUAUCACAGCAGGACUUAGUGGAUGAGUGCAAGACUUUCUUCUUUGGAGGCCAUGAGACAACAGCAUUGGCAAUCACGUGGACAUUGUUACUUUUGGCCAUGAAUCCAGAGUGGCAAGACCAGUUGAGAGAUGAGAUCAGAGAAGUUGUUAAAGAUGGAGAGAUUGAUGUUAAUACACUUGCUGGACUAAAGAAGAUGGGAUGGGUGUUAAAUGAGGUUCUUCGGCUUUACCCAUCAUCACCAAACGUACAAAGGCAAGCAAGAGAAGACAUUCGAGUGGAUGACUUAACAAUUCCUAAUGGAACCAACAUGUGGAUUGACGUGGUGGCCAUGCACCAUGACUCGGAACUGUGGGGUGAGGAUGUGAAUGAGUUCAAGCCAGAGAGGUUCAAGGGUGACAUGUAUGGAGGGUGCAAGCACAAGAUGGGGUAUCUACCUUUUGGGUUUGGAGGAAGAAUGUGUGUUGGUAGGAACUUGACGUUUAUGGAGUAUAAGAUCGUCCUUACCCUAAUUCUCUCUAGGUUUUCUCUUACCCUCUCCCCAACUUACACUCAUUCUCCUACUAUUUUGCUCUCUCUAAGGCCUAAGUAUGGACUGCCUCUCAGAUUUCAACCACUUUAG